CCAUCCGUGAUCCGCUUCCGCAUUUUACUUGGAGGCCGGGCCGUGGCGCGGAGGCGGUAGCGCGCACGCGCGUUGGGGUCCGGCCCGGGCGAGCGCGCGGCCCGACGACUGCGGGUGACUAGCAUGCAGAUACCCAUGCUCUGAGGCUGCCCCUCUACUGACAUGGCCCACCGGGGUGGGGAGAGGGACUUCCAGACUUCAGCUCGGCGCAUGGGCACCUCACUGCUCUUCCAGCUUUCAGUGCACGAACGGGAGCUGGACCUCGUUUUUCUGGAUCAUAGCUAUGCGAAGCCAUGGAGUGCCCACCCAGAUGCCAGUAGUGCCCGCCCCACCCGCAUGCUCUUUGUAACUCCACGGCGGCAGCAUGAGAGUACCAUUGAAUCAGAUGUCCCAAUAGAUGUGGAGACGGUCACAUCAACUCCUGUGCCACUCUAUGACAAUCAGAAGGCACGCAGUGUGAUGAACGAGUGUGAACGGCAUGUCAUCUUUGCCAGGACAGAUGCAGAUGCCCCUCCCCCACCAGAGGACUGGGAGGAGCAUGUUAACAGGACUGGCUGGACAAUGGCCCAGAACAAGCUAUUCAACAAGAUCCUCAAAGCCCUGCAGUCUGACCGGCUUGCCCGCUUGGCCAACGAAGGGGCUUGUAAUGAGCCUGUGCUGCGCCGUGUUGCCGUGGACAAGUGUGCGAGGAGGGUGCGGCAAGCUCUGGCAAGUGUGAGCUGGGACACCAAGCUGAUCCAGUGGCUGCAUACCACUCUUGUGGAGACCUUGAGUCUGCCCAUGCUGGCUGCCUACCUGGAUGCGUUGCAGACACUGAAAGGGAAGAUCCCGACUUUGAUUGACCGGAUGCUUGUAUCGUCCAACACAAAGACUGGGGCUGCGGGAGCAGAGGCGUUGUCUCUCCUCCUCAAGAGGCCCUGGGACCCUGCCGUGGGGGUGCUUUCUCAUAACAAACCGAGCAAACUCCCUGGCUCUCCUCUGAUUCUCAUUGCCUCCUCCGGCCCGUCCAGCUCUGUGUUCCCCACCUCACGCCGCCACCGAUUUUGGCAGUCUCAGCUCUCCUGCUUAGGCAAGGUCAUCCCUGUAGCCACCCAUCUGCUGAACAAUGGCAGUGGGGUUGGUGUUCUGCAGUGUCUUGAGCACAUGAUUGGGGCAGUGAGAAGCAAAGUACUUGAGAUUCACAGUCAUUUCCCACACAAACCCAUUAUUUUGAUUGGAUGGAACACAGGAGCUUUGGUGGCCUGUCAUGUGUCAGUAAUGGAGUAUGUCACUGCAGUUAUCUGCCUGGGGUUUCCCCUACUUACUGUGGAUGGCCCCCGAGGGGAUGUGGAUGAUCCCCUCUUGGAUAUGAAGACUCCAGUUCUUUUUGUCAUUGGUCAGAAUUCCUUACAGUGUCACCCUGAAGCCAUGGAGGACUUUCGGGAGAAGAUUCGAGCUGAAAACAGCCUGGUGGUGGUUGGAGGAGCUGAUGAUAAUCUCAGAAUAAGCAAAGCAAAGAAGAAAGCGGAAGGAUUGACUCAGAGCAUGGUGGACAGAUGUAUUCAGGAUGAGAUUGUGGACUUUCUGACUGGAGUGCUUACUCGAACUGAGGGUCACAUGGGCUCUGACCCUCGGGAUCAGGAUGCUGAGAAGAAAAAGAAGCCCCGUGACGUGACCCGAAGAGACUUGGCCUUUGAAGUCCCUGAGCGAGGCAGUCGACCUGCUUCUCCAGCUGCCAAGCUGCCUGCCUCACCCUCAGGCUCAGAGGAUCUCUCCAGUGUGUCAAGCAGCCCCACCUCCAGUCCCAAGACCAAAGUGACCACAGUGACUUCUGCCCAGAAGUCUAGUCAGAUUGGGAGCUCCCAGUUGCUGAAGAGACAUGUACAGCGGACAGAAGCUGUGUUGACCCACAAACAAGCCCAAGCACAGUUUGCUGCUUUUCUGAAACAAAACAUGCUGGUGAGGAAAGCUCUUCCUCCUGGCACCUCCUCCUGUCUCUUUGUUCCUAUUUCAUCAGAACCAGUGGAGGAAUCAGAGAAGGAGGAGCUUAGGGUCCAGCUGAAACGGCACCAUCCCUCCAGUCCUCUUCCUGGCAGUAAGACUUCCAAGAGACCGAAGAUCAAGGUAUCCCUCAUCUCCCAAGGGGAUGUGGCUGGAGGGCCUUGUACUCCUUCCCAGGGAGGAGCCCCAGAAGUGCCAGGAGGGAAGCCCAUCACUAUGACACUGGGACAAGCUUCAGCAGUGGCCAAGGAACUCACUGGACUUCUCACCACAGCCAAGUCAAGUUCUGAAAGUGGAGUUACAGCCAGCCCAGCCCCAACGCUGGCCUCCGGCAGCACCACACCUAGUGCACUUCACACACUCCAGAGCCGCUUGGUGGCUACCUCUCCUGGCACUUCCCUCCCAGGGGCCACAUCAGCCAGCAGCCUCCUCCAGGGCCUCAGCUUCAGCUUACAGGACAUCAGCAGCAAGACCUCUGGCCUCCCAGCAAAUCCCUCCCCAGGGCCAGCCCCACAGGCCACCAGUGUGAAGUUGCCCACCCCCAUGCAGAGCCUGGGUGCCAUCACCACGGGCACAAGCACCAUUGUCCGUACCAUUCCUGUGGCCACCACUCUCUCCUCCUUGGGUGCCACUCCUGGUGGGAAGCCCACAGCCAUUCACCAGCUGCUGACUAAUGGGGGCCUCGCUAAGUUGGCAAGCAGCCUCCCUGGCCUGGCUCAGAUCUCUAACCAAGCAUCAGGCUUGAAGGUCCCCACCACCAUUACUCUGACACUACGUGGCCAGCCAAGCAGAAUCACCACGCUGAGCCCCAUGGGCUCAGGAGCAGCCCCUUCUGAGGAGGCCACCUCCCAAGUGCUGCCUCACAGCUCACAGCGCCUGCCUCCAGCACCCUGAAGAUUCGGCCAUAUUUCCUCCUUACCAGGUUGGUGAUAGCUGCCUCCAGAGAGCCCUGUGCAGUCCUGCUGAGCUGUCCGAAUAUCAAAAGACCUGUUUAAAUCAGUCAUUUUUGCCUCCCUACCAACUGGCUUCAGACACACAAGAAACCAUUAGGCCAGGUGAUAACAGUUCCAACAUGGAGGACACUGUCCUCCAGGAUCUGCAAGUCUGGUGUCCAGGAUCUCCACCCUCAGCAGAGCUGACCACGUGUGACUCAGAGACACUUCUGUCCCACACUGGUGUGAUACUUGGCUCAAGUGUCAGUAUGGGACUGCUCACUACGUUUAAAUAGCCUGCUGGGAACUUCCACCAUUCAGCAGUUUAUGAUAAAGGCAAAGAACUGAGCCAUCAUCUUUCAGCCCAUUGAAACUCUAGGAUGUGGGAAGCAAUGAUCACCAGGAAGUGGAAGCUGUCCCCUUUCUCUUUUUCACCAUGCUUUGUGCAGUUCUUGUCUCCAGAAAUCCCGCAGACCCAGAAAGGCUGAAGAUGAGGAAUGGAGCAGCAAAGAAAGUGACUGGCGGGAUGUGCCCAUGAACCCUGUAGCAUGGUUUAGGCUUGGAGCUGUGGAUCUAGCACUUGAGGACCUAGUCAUUAGCUGGAAAUGAGAGGUGGAAUUUGCCAAAUGAAGGAAAACGCCAGUCUCUAUUGAGAGUUACUUUGGAAUCAGUUCUCAGAAAUGGGAUGAUUGGAUCAAAGGGUCUGGAUGAGGUAACCUGACAAAGCUUUGACCCUUGUUCACUGCCUCUCCUGCCACAGCGCCUGCCUCCAGCACCCUGAAGAUGCAGCUAUAUGUCCCGUCUCCAGUGCUGGAGGUGAAGCAGGGACAAUCAGUUAAGGUGAGAUCUUGGCUGUCCCAGGAAGCUUGGGGCAUUAGAAUGAUGAAAGUUAUGCAUCAGUUUCUAUUCCACACUCCUUUUUGUGUUCCUCCUUAGAAGUGGGAAAGUUGUUGGCAGUGACUCUACUGUGCAGAGCUCAAGGUGCCAGCCUGAACCCUGAAGGUCAUGGGAGAAGUGGACACUGAGCUUAUCUCUUCACAAUAUUUGUGUGCAAAGAUAGUUUGGGGUUUGGCUUUGAAACUGUGUCCCAGAGCAGGCUCCCUUCCCUUCCAUACUUAGAUCAUUUCUAGUCAAGGUAAAAAAUAAGGCAACUGAAGUGAGACUGUUUGGUUCAGAGUCCUGACCCACAGUGGAGUCAAGAGGGAUCACAGGAUGUUUGAGUCUCUUACAAGGCAGGUCAGGGGGAUGCAUGUGAUAGGAAUGGAUUGGGUUCUCCACACCCCAUGCUGUCCCUCUCUGCCUCCUGCAGAGCUGCUUGGUGAUUUAUGUAGAAUAAGACUGCAGUUUUGCAUCAGGUGGUAGGUAACUGCAUUCUGAAAUUCAGAAGGCAUUUAGUGAAUUUGAGAAGAUAUGAAAUCUGAAAGAGGCAUCCAGGGCUCAAAGGUUUGGUAACUUUACAGGUAGGAUCAUAACACUAAAGAGCAAAGGAUAGUAACAUUAUGGGGCUCUAUGAAACUUUUAGGAAGCGCCCUCUGCGAAGCUUUUCAGGCAGAGGGCCUGAACAACCCUUCAUGACUUCAACAUUCUAAACAAUGUUGAAGGAGCUGCUUCUGAAAGAUGCUGCCUCCCAAGUGCUGGGACCAAAGAAGAACUCACACUUUAUCCUGCCUUUGUGAUAAAUCCUGUGUGUGUCCCAUGAAUAACUUCUGAGGGUGACACUUUGAAGAACUCCAAAACUGGGGAAUGGUAGCUUCGAUAUUCACUUUGGAAGGACUAACAGGAAGUAGUUGGAGUCUGUAAAGUCACAUGCUCAGGUCCUAUCUCAAAUCACAGUUCUUGAAAUGUGAAAGGAAGCCUUACCCUAACUAUCUCAUAGCAGACCUAGAAGCCUAACCUCAGAAGGCAAUACUCUUGGUGACAUCAUAGAAGGAUCAAGAAGGCUUUAAAUUCUUGAUGACAGAUGCAUGUUUGUGUCCUGUGGAAGACAGAAGGGGGGCAAAGACUUUCUGUCCACUCUUAAUCCUCUCACCAGAACAGUCUUGGGAUCAAUGGGUUGUAGAGCUGAGCUGCUAUGAUGGUUCUGUUGUAUUAGCAAAAACAAUUAAAAAAAAAACCUUUGGAUUGCUGCAGCUGAUUUUCAUUUGACUUGGCAUGUAUAUUCUGGGAACCACUGAGUAAAGUGGACAGAGAAAACAAAGCUAACAUAAAGUGGUGAUGCUGGGGUCAGGCAUGGUGGCUCACAUCUGUAAUCCCAGCUACUUGAGAGGUGGAGGUAUGAGGGUCAUGGUCUGUGGCCAGACCCUAUCUGAAAAACAAAUCAAAACCAAAAUGGACUUGGAUGCAUGGCUCAAGUGAUAGAGCCUUGCCUAGCAAGCAUGAGAUCCUGAGUUCAAAUCCCGUACAAUAAAAGAAAUAGUUGUAGCCAGGUGUGCCCAGUGGUUUAAGCCUAUAAUCCUGGCUACUUGGGAGGCUGAAAUCAGGAGGAUCAUGAUUCGAGGCCGGCCCAGGCAAAUAGU